CCCGCCUUGUUUAAGUCCUCUCAGGCCAACCUCGGCGGGAGGCUCCUGGGAUCAGCUCCCUGCCCUUCCCACCUUAGGGUGUCCUCAGAGACAGACAUUCCCUCAGUAAGGAGGCAGACUCUUAUUCUCUCAGCAGCCCAGCCCCUCACCUCCCCUCAGCCACAGCCACGUCAGUGGCCACCGUCUUCACCGUCGUCACCUCAGCCUAGUCGCCACUCCAGUUGAGGCACUGACUGGCGUCAUGUCUGCCACAGGAGAUCGAGACCCUAUCCAAGAGGACCAGGAGGCCUCAGUGAGCCAGGAGGGAGUGCAGGCCGAGGCCGGAGGUGACCGGGAGGGUGGUGACUCUGGCCCCGAAAGUGGCAACACGGUGCCCGCGGCCGAGGUGGCCGGAGUCGCAGGGCCCAUGAGAGGCCUCGGGGAGGAGGAGGGUGAGCAGGCGGCAGGCUUGGCCGCAGCCCCCGGGGGUGGGAACGCCGAGGAAGACUCAGAGAUCAGGAUAGUAGUGGAAAUGGUGGAGGAGGAGGAGGAGGAGGAAGAAGAGGAGGAGGAGGAAGAGAGGAACGAGGCAGACAACUUUGACUUGGUCGCGGCCGCCCGUCGCUACCCCAUAAGAGGCUUUCGCGUGGAGUUUCUGGACAUGGUCCACUCCCUUCUCUGCCGCAUCUAUCACAACGACCACAUCCUGAUCGGGAUGCGUGGCGGCCGCCUGAUGCCGAGGCACCGCACUGCGGCGCCCAGUGGCUCAGAAGAGCCCCAGCUGUUGCUGGUGCAUGAGAGGCUGGGCGCGGGGGCCGCGGGCCCUGAGGGCGAGGGCCUGGGCCAGCUCCAGGAGGCCGCGUCAGUCCCAGAGCCUGAGGUGCCAGCAGACCCAGCCGAGAUAGCCAGGGAGCCUGCAGAAGAGCCCGCAGAGGAGGCCUCAGAGAAGCCCACAGAGGAGGCCGCAGAGGAGAAGCUUGCAGAGGAGGCCGCAGAGGAACCGGCCACAGAGGAACCGGCUGCAGAGGAGGAGCCCGCAGAGGAACCGGCCGCGGAGGAACCGGCCACAGAGGAAGCUGCUGCACCUGAGGAAGUCACUAAAUAUCAGCAUGAAAAGUGGGAUGAAGAGGCUCAAGAUGCUGCAGGCGAGGAAGAGAAAGAAGAGAAAGAGAAGGAUGCGGAAAACAAGGUGAAGAACUCCAAAGGGACCUAGACGCAGCAGAGGGGAAGCAGAGAAAAUCCAGUUGGGAAGAAUAGAAAGAAGAUGAAGAAAGAAGACUCUGUUGUUCAUUGUUUUUAUUUUAUUUUAUCCAGAUGCCUGUGAGAAUUUUAACACAUAUCAUUCCAAAGUUCAUUACCUUAAAAGUGAUAUCUAGUGACAUCUAACUUUUAUCUUUCACAAAUGUAUUUGACAGUGAUUGUUCAAGUUAGAAGUAAAAGUUUGUUUUAAAUGAAUAAAUUGAAACGGGGAGAUUUUUCAAUAAAUAAUUCUGACUCAAAUCUCUCUUUUACCUCUUUGUUUUGGCCCACCAUACCUUCAUUGAAAGGUAUUACUUUCCACCAUUUAGUAAGACUGUUUUAAAUUCUUUUACUGCAUCCAAAAGUCAAUUAAAACGUCAAGUUUAAAACCAUUUUUGAAAAGAGAGAGAUGGGGCUCAAGUCUUCAGAGCUGUACUGUCUAUUACCUUAGUCACUAGUAACGUUGUGGCUGCUGAGCACUUGUAAUAUGGCUAGUCUGUUUAAUAUGUGCUGUAAGCGUGAAAAUAAUAUUGCAUAUCUUACUAAUGAUUUUCAUACUGAUUACAUGUUGAGAUGAUAAUACUUGAAUUAAAAUGAAAUAUUAAAGUU